GGUCGAGGAAGGUCGCUUCCGCCGCUGCCCGCUUCCAAAAUGGCGGCAGCACAGCUUCAGCUCUGGCGGGCGAAAGCGAGGAGGGGCGGUUGGGACCGGCGGGAGUGAUGUUGCGAGCGGCACUGUGCCGCGUGUCGAUGCUGGUGAGCCGUGCGCGGCCCCGGGGGCCGGGCCUGAGGCAGCUGUGGGGGUGCGGAGUCCGCCGGGAGGCCGCGGGGAAAAGACUGGCGCGGGACAGUGGCUGGCGGUGCUCGAGUUCCGAGCCUCGGCCCAGGGCUGCGCACUACCAGCUCGUCUACACUUGCAAGGUCUGUGGGACUCGGUCCUCUAAGCAAAUUUCCAAGCUGGCUUAUCACCAGGGUGUGGUCAUCGUGACCUGCCCUGGCUGCCAGAACCACCACAUCAUCGCAGACAACCUGGGCUGGUUCUCUGACUUAAAUGGGAAGAGGAACAUUGAAGAAAUCCUGGCGGCCAGAGGGGAGAAGGUGUGCCGAGUGGCCGGCGAUGGGGCCCUGGAGCUGGUUUUGGAGGCUGCAGAGGCCCCCAAAUCUGCUGCUGCUCCGGAAGCGGAUGAGGACCAGGACCCCAGCCACCCGGGCAAGACGGAGCCUGGCUGACCUGCCUCUGCCCCGGAGGAGGGGCCCUGCCACUCCCCCUUGCCGGUUUCCCUCAAUAAACUGACGUCACCUGCA